AUGGCGGCCCGGGCCGUGCUGGACGAGUUCACGGCGCCGGCCGAGAAGGCGGCGCUGCUGGAGAGGAGCCGCGGCCGCAUCGAGGGCCUGUUCGGCGUGAGCCUGGCCGUGCUCGGCGCGCUCGGAGCUGAGGAACCGCUGCCCGCGCGCAUCUGGCUGCAGCUUCGCGGGGCGCAGGAGGCGGUGCACAGCGCCAAGGAAUAUAUUAAAGGAGUCUGUGAACCUGAACUAGAAGAAAGAGAAUGUUACCCCAAGGCCAUGCACUGCAUUUUUGUUGGGGCACAGAGCCUAUUUCUAAAGAGCUUGAUUCAGGACACCUGUGCCGAUCUCUGCAUUCUUGACAUUGGUCUUCUUGGCAUCAGAGGAAGUGCCGAAGCUGUGGUCAUGGCUCGGAGUCACAUUCAACAGUUUGUAAAGCUCUUUGAGAAUAAUGAGAAUCUACCCAACAGCCAGAAAGAAUCAGAGGUAAAAAGGGAAUUUAAACAAUUUGUAGAAGCUCGUGCAGACAGUUACACAAUGGAUUUGUUAAUUUUACCCACUUCCUUGAAAAAAGAACUCUUGGCACUCACCCAGGGUGAGGAGAAUCUGUUUGAAACAGGAGAUGAUGAUGUUAUUGAAAUUCGAGAUUCUACACAAGCAGAGUUUACACCGAAUGCUGCCACAGGGCUGACUAUUUCCAGAGAUGAAAUUGUUUUGCAGGAAGAUGCAAGAAAUAAAGCGGGGACACCCGUUUCUGAGCUUACAAAACAGAUGGACACAGUCUUUUCUAGUUCACAAGAUGUACUUUUUGUUCCAAUAAAUGGUGUAACCCCAGAUGAAGAGGCACUUUCCAAAGACAGAGUUUGUCACAAGAGGAGGUUUUCUGAUUCUGAAGAAAGGCAUACCAAGAAACAGUUUUCUUUGGAAAAUGUUCAAGAGGGAGAGCUUCUACAUGAUGGUAAGACAUUAGCUGGAAGUGUAAUCAUUGAUGUCUCUGAUUCUUCUACCGAGGCCGGAAAUUUAAGUCCAGACGUAAAAGACACUACUGAGGAGAUGGAGUACAACAUUCUCGUGAACUUUUUUAAAACCAUGGGCUAUUCCCAAGAAAUUGUUGAAAAGGUCAUUAGGGAGUAUGGGCCGUCUACUGAACCAUUAUUACUCUUGGAGGAAAUUGAAAAGGAAAAUAAGAGAUUCCAAGGAGACAGAGAAUUUUCGCCUGGUACUGUGUAUCCAGAGACUACCAGAACCAAAAAUAAAGGUGUUUGUAGCAGCAUAAAUGAGCUUACAGCAGAUUCCACUCCAAAGAAAACACAAACUCACACACAGCAAAAUAUGGUGGAAGAUUUUUCUCAGUUACCAUUCAGAGUUGAAUCAAAACCAUGUACCUCAAAUUGCAAAAUUAAUACUUUCAGAACCAUGCCAAUAGAACAGAAACAAGAAAUCUGGAGUUCAAAUCAGAGCUACAUUUGUAACAUAGACCUUGAAACCGAUGGCCUUUUACCCUCUGUUGUCCCUUCAAGUCCCAAAGAAGCUGUCAGUUUUGUUUCAAGAGGAGCUUCAAGUCACCAGCCCAGAAUUCCGGCUUUUCCUGAAAAUGGUUUGCAGCCGCAAGCAGAACCUUUGCUUCCAAAUAGUAUGAAGUCUCCCUGUGAAAACCGCUCGAGGUGUUGUGGCUCUCCUCAGUCUAAGCCCGGCUGUCCACCCCUUUCUCCACCGAUGCCGCUCUCCCAGCUGUUACCUUCAGUUACUGAUGCUAGGUUGGUGGGACCUUCUGAGCAUGUUGAUUGCUCAGUUACGGGGGUUCAAAGAUUUCGAGAUACUCUGAAAGUGCCCUACAAGCUGGAAUUAAAAAAUGAACCAGGGAGGACGGAUUUGAAGCACAUUGUUAUAGAUGGAAGCAAUGUUGCGAUUACCCAUGGUCUGAAAAAGUUCUUUUCUUGUCGUGGAAUUGCAAUUGCGGUUGAAUAUUUUUGGAAGCUCGGCAACAGAAACAUCACUGUAUUUGUUCCACAGUGGAGAACAAGGCGUGAUCCUAAUGUCACAGAACAGCACUUCUUAACCCAGCUCCAGGAGCUUGGAAUAUUAUCUUUAACUCCUGCACGGAUGGUCUUUGGAGAAAGAAUUGCUUCUCAUGAUGACAGGUUUCUACUACACUUAGCAGACAAAACUGGUGGCAUAAUUGUAACAAAUGAUAACUUCAGAGAAUUUGUGACUGAGUCAGUCUCCUGGAGAGAAAUAAUUACAAAAAGAUUGCUCCAGUAUACCUUUGUGGGGGACAUAUUUAUGGUUCCUGAUGACCCUCUGGGAAGAAGUGGACCUCGAUUAGAAGAAUUUCUUCGGAAGGAAGUCUACCUUAGAGAUAUGCAGCCCCUACUCAACGCCUUGCCAAAUGUGGGCAUGUUUGACCCCAACUUCAGAGUCCCUGGUGCCCAGGCAGCCAGCACCAGCCACCAGCCUCCGACCCGGAUUCAGGGCACCCCACCCAGCCACUGGCUUCCUCAGCAACCCCGCUUCCCACUUUUGCCCAACCUUCCCAACAUCCAGCAGAAUCUGCCCAUGCCAGCACAGAGAUCUCCUGCAGAAACCAACGAGCUGAGGGAAGCCCUUCUGAAGAUCUUCCCUGACUCGGAACAAAAACUGAAAAUCGACCAGAUCUUAGCGGCUCAUCCAUACAUGAAAGACCUGAACGCGCUCUCCGCCAUGGUAUUGGACUGA